AUGAAAAAACCCAGAGAGGAAGGUCUGAAUGUUACUCAAAUGCUAAAUGUCAUCUCACUUCCUUGGAAGUGCACAUGAUCGGUGCAGACCCUGCGGAACUGAGAAAAAGGAUUCUUAUCUUAAUUCUGUGAAUGUUAACGUGUAUGGGAGCCAAAACGAAUGUUUCAAAGUAGCCUAAGAAUAAGCUAGUCCUUCGGGCUGGCUUUCGGCCAUUACAUGGUUGGGGUGGCAGGAGAUCCUCAACUACAUGAAGGAGCCAAUUUUCUCUUUUUGUAAUGCCGGAUCUCUGUUCUUUUUUUCCCCUUCAUUUCAUCUAAAUAACUGUACGUUUUGAGUCACUGAUUAUCAUCACGAACUGCUUGAAAAGGCUGUUUGAAACUUUCAUACUGUCUAAGAACAGCUCAGUUGCCUUAUACCACUAGUGUUUAUAGCUUUAAGGUUCCUUUAAUUAUCUGUAUUAUUUGGGUCCAUAUUUUUCAGAAAAUUUACUGAUACGAGGGAUAGCUUUUUAUAUCUCUUUCUAUUGUUUUCCAAGGAAUAGACCAAUGAUUUAUCUGACAUACUCCUUUUUAAUAAAAAAGGCGCAUGAAAAUUGAAGAGAACCGUUGAUUCGUUGUAUUCCAAUCAACGGUAUAGCCGAAGCCCUUUCUCCUUUAAUUACUACAUAUGUUAUAUAUAUAUUUAUAUUAUUUGAGAUCAGAAUGAUUUAUAAAUUGAAAAUUUCUUAGGCUAGGCUCUCUCAACCGUAAUUUGUAACUGGCUCGAGAAUUUCAGAUUAGACUGAUGCUACUACUCGAAAAAUUACUCAUUGCGGCGGGAUUUUAUUUAUGUUAAAACAGAAGGACAAAUUUUGAGAGCAGGUGUUUGCAAAUUUGGCCGAAAAAUGAAUAAAUUAUCAAACUUCAACCACCACCGACGGCUGAAGAUGUCUAUCGUGAGAAACUUCGAUCCCAAUCAUUUCAAGCCUUAAGCGUUUUUCCAUUUUUCUCGUGAACUUUCGGGAAAUACAGCAAAGAUGGAUUCAAAGCACGCUAAAAUACAAACAGGGAGUAAUCAGAUCUCGGCCAAGAUUCAAAGUAAACAAAUCCAAGAUAGAACACAAUUUUCCGGCUAUGAUGAAGACGUUAAAAGUGUCAGAGACUUGUUCAUCUUCGGUGAAAAACAUUGCGAACCGAAAUCAUUCAGCAGAAUGGAAGCUUGGAUCAACGAAGAAUACAGAAAAGUAAAGAGGGUUAAAACUGGGCGCUUUCAACAAACUGGUAACUUUUUGAGAGAUCUAAAAACCGAAGCGUCCAAUAAGACAAGUUAUAAGUUUUUUCCUUCUCCUGAAUUCAAGCCGGGAAAUUAUUUUCUACUGCCAGAAAACUCCGAUGAAAUGGAGUACGACGCCUUGCGAUUUGACCGAUGCGUUCCCUCAUACACUUAUGUCAAGCCCUCAAAUCAGUUGUGUAGGAAUAAUAUUACGAGAAAGGCAUUUUGCGAGGUUGUUGGGAAAGACCUGUGUAUUGACUGCAAUGGUGGUAAAUUGAGGCAAAGAUUCAAUCACAAAAUGGAUUCCUUGUACCCUUGUCUUCAAUAUGAUAAGGAUAAAAGACCUUACGGGUACUGUCCAAGGUCGAUUCGUCUUACAGAGCCUUUGCCGUCAAGAGUUGAACGACGACCAAAAAGCUUAAAUUUAUAUGGAAGAUACCGUAAUGCAACAAGCGGGAAUGUUCUUGGUUUUGAUCCAAAUGAUUGUGAUAACGAUCCACCGAUGAAAAUUUGUAUUAACGCUAGACCGUACACGAGAUGAAUAUACACAAUUCCAGGAGAACGGAAAAUCUUCAGGCUCGAAAAGUGAAAACGACAAUAGAAUAAAUAUUUAUUGUGAAAUUGCUUCGUUUCUAGGAUCGAAGAAUCAUUUCUUUCCUAGUUAAUAUAUAAUUAUAGAUAAAAUGUGUCUCUUUUUAUCCGUAUACGUAUUAGUUUUUAUAGGUACUAAGUUUUAAGAGAAAGAGACAACCUUAUGGUGUUGUCAUGGUUUCAUUGUACAUGUCCUGGACUGUGAAGAAUGAGAAACCGGAGCCCGCGGUUGUGACGAGCGGAUCAGUAAUUAACUUUUUAAACAAAUUUGGUGUCUUCAGAAAAUUUAUUGAACUUGCUCAAGAUUUAUAUGACUUAUAUGUGCCGAUCAUUAUGAGCCGGGCUAAACGUAAGAAUUACCGCAGGGUGACACUAAUUUACUGUUCCGGAUACUAUUUUACAAAGAAAUAUGUUAUUCAUUCCAUUGAAAAGAAAUACGUUAUUUAUUCCAUUGUUCAUUCUAAAGAUAUUAUUCUAUUCUGAAAUCUAGGUUGUCCAUAGGAUUUUCAAUUCCAUACUUCAAAUUUCGCAGUGUGAUAUUUUACCAACUAAAGCUAUAAAAAAGGUUCACAUUCCUCAUGAGUCUUACGUAUUACCUGGAUCAACCAUGUGAUUUUUUUAUUUGAAGAUGAGACUCGAAAUUUAUCAUCUCCUCAAUUAACUUUUCUUGUAUAAUUUUGUACAUAUUGAACAAAGAAUACCCUGAGAAUAUCAAGCAAACAGCCUUACAUCACCUAACUUUGUGUUAAAUUUGGAAUACGAAUCGUCCGACGAAAAUUUUAGUCCUUUCGUGUGUCUUCUAAGUGGUAUAUAAGGUUUGAAUUUUGGAUUUUUAUUAAAGGUCGUGCUUCUUAAUCCUUUUUGUCAUUCCCAAUAAUUAGUGAGCGUGUCAAAUACUGGAUACGUACAAUUUUGACAGUCGCGCAGAUCAGGGAACAACCGUAUAAUAUGUGAAAUAGUCAGGUAUUCAAAGCAAGAAAAAAGUGUUUGUCUAUUAUUUGCAGGAUUUUAGUUUUCAACAAUCUAAGGGACCGGCCGAAGUUAAAUGGCUGUACUGACAAGGUUAACGAAGGCAUCAAACAUUCCUUGCAAAUUAUGUACUGGCGUGACCUCUCUUUUAUUGGACAGCCCUGUAAUUUCAUAUUUCGUUUAAUCCUUGAAGUGUCGUAUAAUCAGUCAAUUUUGCCUGGUUGGAAUAAUAGAUUGAUUCACUUGGCAUGAACUUCGAAUAAACUUAACUUUAUCACCUCUUUAGUUAUUUUUAAAAGUUCUUGUAUAUGAGGCGGUUAGUAGGUUGAAACUAUGCUACUGAAGAUGCAAAGGAAAGGGCAUGUCUUUACUGCGACUCUUUUUGAAGGGGAACCAUUCUCUCGAAGUGUUAUUAAAUGUCCAUUAAGCUAACGUCAAGCUGAGUAAUAUAUAUGCAAAUAAUUCAAAGAAUCAAAGUCAAUUGUUCUUCAGCCACAACCGACUGGUCAUUUGUUUUCCAUAAUCAAAGCAUGACUCGUAUUGUUACCCGGCAACACUUCAGUGCAGUUAGAAGUCGCACAUCGACAGCCGUGAAAGUGAAGUAUUUUAUUCGCAUACCUAUUCCUCCCCGUCAUGGCCUUCAAAGGUAGCCAUUUACGUACACUACAAGAUGCACAAGGCAUAUGGAGGCCCGGUACCUCUCAAGUGGAUUGUAAACACAAGUAAGUGGCAAUCCAUCGAGUUAAGUUUAGUGUUGACUAAAAUCCCCCAUUGGAUAACAACGAAACGCCGAUGAAAAUGUUCACUGUCAAUCCUUCAAUCCGAGAUAAAGCUUGGUCCUUUUGCGAGUAUUCGCAGUCACUAGAAAGCACGGUCCUAGGAAAUGAGAUCACUAGUUAUUAGGUAGUUCGAAGUCAGUUGGUUGGAAAUUCGAGUGAAAUUUGCGGUCGAGAUGUUUAACUGAUAAGAAUUGAAGUAUGGCUGUACUGAUUGCAACUUAUUUCGAACACAGAAAAGGUCAGCCAACGAAAAAUGUUAAGCGAUUCACUGUAUGUGGUCUCGCGUUUGUUCCACAAUGUUUCUCCCACUUUCAGAGUUGAACGAAGGAAUUGAGGACCCAUGAUGCGUUUAUAUAAGGGUGAAUUUGAUAAAAACGGUAUUUCAGAAAAGUCAGAGACUAACGACAUGGAACAGAUACGCAGGAUUUGUUACUGUGGGGCAUGAUUAAUGGUUCUUGAACAGAGUACUUAAAUGACCAAUUUAGUAAUCAUUUGGCUCGAAGGUGAAACUAUAUUUAUCAACUCAUAAAGUUAAGUCUGAAAGUCGAAUACACAUCUUGUGCGACUUGUGUCCUUCUAAAAUGGCUGUCGCAAAAUAUUUCAGAAUUUACAGAAACGUGUAAUGUAAGCACCUAGAGGGCAGAUGUAAAUAUUGUUUCAGAAAGAAAUAUUUUGCUCUGUGGUUAGGAUCAAAUUUUAAACUUGUGAAGAAAGGCAUACCUUUAUGCUAACGCACUUAAUCAAGACCUCCUCUACAUGUCCGGUUUUAUAUGUGGCGCUUUAAACAAAUUCACAACUCUUGUCUCAAUUUUUUAAUAAUUUAACCUUAAAUUCUUCAGGGUAAACCUCAAAACUGUCACAGUAGCCUUUGACAGGAACAAAAUCUUUGAAGUGCCACACAGUCCUACCAAGAAUAGGCCCAUCGAACAAUCUUUGACAAAAGAGACAGAAGCACCAAAGACGGAUUAUUAUGCUUCAAUGACAGCACCAAGUGACUCUCGCCAAAACGUAAACAACUAUCACGAUUAUGUCACUCCAACCAGCACAUGCGCUCUGGAUGACACUCGGUCUGUCCAUUCCAUUUCAGAGGCUUCUCCGGAUAGAGUUUCCAGAACAAAUAUCUUAUCACGCAUGGCAAAAACAAAAGCGUCCUGGGUAGAAAAUCAGAAGAUUCAUGAAUCUCUUCCGCAUAGGAAGAGUCCAAUACUCUGCAAAGGUACUCCGGUUGGAGGUCUUCCAUUAACACCGUUCAUGGAGAAAACGUUGUCAACGGAUAGGGCGACAAAGGGAGUUCGAGACGGAAAAAAGUUCGAUCUACUACCAAUAUCAAAAUAUUUGGCCCACUAUCGAGACCAGAGGAAGUUCAGAAAGGAAAAAAAGCUACCCUUGGUUCGCAUCAGUUCCUACCACACUCUAUGUGGUUGCCUGGACGGCUUAGGAUCAUGGGAUUGUCCACAGCAAGAAUAUCAAAAAGAAAAACGGCAAACUGCGACAUUCUUUACGACAAAGGACGUAUUUAAACCUUUCCAUUCAAGAUUGUUACCCACUAGGGGCGAGGUUUUAUAUGUGGAGCCUGCGCAGACGAAAUUAAAUUCUUAUCUUACAGAUCACGUCAGGUUACCAAGUCUCCAAGGAAACAGCAGGAACGACACUUUUGUCACUGAAUUUACCGAGAGGUCCAGAGCUAACUACAGCAGAUUCAAAGCAAAAAGAAAUACUACAUUUCCCGUCAUUGUGCACUGA